AUGUUGCUUCACAAAUUUUUUUCUGUUUUAAUAUUCCUUCCUUUCUCUGUUUUGUUCUUUUUCAUUUUUUUUUCUUCACAUUCAUCUACCUUAUUCACUCUUGCAACUACGCAACGUCCACUUCCCCUCUGUUUAUACCUCCCAAUUUUUCUCUCUCUCUCCUCUCUUUCUCCAUCUUACCUCUUUCACCCCUCCCAAAAUCUCCUUUCCUCUCUCUUCCUCUCUUUCUCUCUCUCUCUCUCUCUCUCUCUCUCUCUCUCAUUACUUCUAUUAAUCCUAUUCUCCUUUUUUAUAUAUCUCUCUCCCACUCUUUAUCUCUUCCUCCUAUUUCUCCAUCCCCCUCUUUCUCUCUCGACAUUCAUCUUUUGCUUUUAUUUUCCUUUUUUUGCAUACCCACCUUCUAUACACUUUCUUUUACACAUCAUCAUCAUCAUCAUCAUCAUCAUCAUCAUCAUCAUCACCACCACCACCACUAUCUUCGUCAAUCUUUUUGAUUUCGCUUCCUCUUACUUUUACUCUCAUUCUCUCCCUCUCCACUAUCUAUCUAUCUAUCUAUCUAUCUUUAUCUCGGGCUCUGCUUUUUUCUCUAAACACUUCACUAUUGUUUCUCUUCCAAUUUAUUUUAUACGCUCCCAAAAUCAACUGCAUACAUUAACUUUUCCAUUGGAACCACUCAAUUCUAAUUCUAAACAACAACACUUUUAUUUAUUUAUUUCUUGUUUCUUUGAGUUUCCCGUAUCUAUCUAUCUAUCUAUCUAUCUAUCUAUCUAUCUAUCUAUCUAUCUAUCUGCUUACGCUCCGGCAGUCUUUCUCUCUCUCUCUUUCACUCUCUCUCUAAUUAUGUUUCGAUUUCUCUCUCAUUGUGAUUAUAUUUCUCUCUCGCUCUCUCUCUCUCUAUUUCUAUAUCUCUCAUUAUGCUUCGAUUUUUUCUCUCUCUCUCUCAUUAUGUUUCGAUUUCUCUCUAUCACUCUUAUUAUCGAUUUCUCUUCCUCUCUCUCUCGCUCAUUAUGUUCCAAUUUCUCUCUUUCCCAUUUUUCACUUUCUCUCUCUCUCUCUCAUUUUUCGAUUUUAUCUUUCAUUGUUUCGAUUUCUCUCUCUCUCUCUUUCUCAUUAUGUUUCGUUUACUCUAUGUCGCUUUUAUUAACGCUUGCUGCCUUUCCCUCUCACCUGUCUUUUCUUGCUUUCCUUUCUUUUUCUUUUUCUAUCUAUUAG